CAGUUGGUUGGCUGAUCAAACCCACCGAUCCCUAUCUCCUCCAACAGCUCCACUCAGAGCCCCUCCGGAAAUGCAAUUAGAUGCUAAGCAGCUCAUGUUUUGGAGUGGUUUGUAGUUAUAGCAGUUUCGUAAAGAUGCGAUUCUCCCGAAGCUGUGAAAAGGAGUGAGAGAGGAUAACAGAAGAAAACAGACGAAGGCCGAUCACAUCCAAUUGUUAACCUCGUUGGAGCUCUGCAAAGAUGCCUGAGGUUCGGGACCUUUCUGAAGCUUUGCCUGAGAUGCCCAUGGAUCCAAUCACUGGAGUUGGAGUUGUAGCCUCCAGGAACAGGGCACCCACUGGAUAUGAUGUGGUCUCUACAACAACAGAUGGCCUGGAUGCUGACCUAUGGAAAGAUGGCCUUUUCAAAUCUAAGGUGACCCGCUACCUCUGUUUCACCAGGGUUUUCUCUAAGGAAAAUAGCCAUUUAGGCAACGUUUUGGUAGACAUGAAGCUAAUAGAUAUCAAAGACACUCUGCCUGUGGGUUUCAUCCCGAUCCAGGAGACUGUUGACACUCAGGAGCAGGCCUUCAGGAAGAGGCGACUCUGCAUCAAGUUUAUUCCACGGGACUCCACAGAGGCAGCCAUCUGUGACAUCCGCAUCCUGGGACGCUCCAAGCAGGCUCCCCCUCAGUACACCUUUAUAGGAGAGCUCAAUAACAUGGGAAUCUGGUAUCGCAUGGGGAACGUACCCCGGGCCCAGGACUCCACACACACACCCACCACCAACAACAUCCAGAAUGUAAACUCCUCGUCCAGCUCCGCUCCAGUUCCAUCAGCUCCUAUGCCCAAGCAUAUUUCCAUGACCCUCCCUGCCAGCUUCAGAGGGAAGAACACUACCAGACCGGACUAUGAGCACCAGAACUCCAACCUGUAUGCUAUCUCAGCUAUGGAUGGAGUGCCUUUCAUGAUCUCUGAGAAGUUCGCCUGUGCCUCCUCCGACCUGCAGCAGGUGGAUCUGAUGGGCAUCACAAUCAAGUCACUGGCUGAGAUUGAGAAAGAGUAUGAUUACAGUUUCCGCACAGAGCACAGCGCGGCAGCUCGACUCCCCCCCAGUCCAACGCGGACCUCCCUGAGCUCUGAGGCCUGAGGAAUCCAUCCUCACUCCCACCCAUCAACACUCCCCCGCCCCCCCCACCAGAUACCAGCAGGAGAGACCUGUACACAACUACUGACCUGCCUACAGCAGUACUGAGAAGACAAAAAUUCAAACAAAAACAAAAAAAAAAAAACUUUUCUAACUUCUGGGAGAUGUCGUGCUCUUUCUGCGUUAGUUGAAAGUGAAGCUGAAAACACUGAAAGACAGAAGCAGAACUCUGAGGGACUCUGACGGUGUGGCUGAAAACACUACGCAUUGGAUGGAUGAGGGAUGAGAUGGCUUUCAAAAUAAGACUCGUGAUUUUAAAACACAUUUUUCUGAAAAGAAUCGUGGAGUGUUGUCCCCCCUGUUAACAAACAACCACACCCCUCCUUAAGGACAUGCUGUCUGAGAUGGGCUGAGAGUCUGAAAACAGCAGAUGUCAUGUUUAGCCUUCUUUGUUCAUGACACACCUGCUGAGGUGUUCCGGAGGACAAAUCAUCCCAGCUCAUGUGUUGGAAAUACAAAAGGAAACUUUAUGGAUUUUUUUUUUUUUCUAGCUUGUACUGAUCUUCUUGGUGUGGAAUGAUCUCAUUGUUGUCUAGAUGUUACUGUGAUGUGCUGGUGUGACUGUGAGUGCACUUUGUGUUUGGGGAAUUUAAGUGUUCUUCCUGUUUGCUCACAGGUAUUCUGUAAACCACUCCUCCAUGGUGUCUGGACAUGAGCCAGCAGGUUUUGGGUUUAGAUAUGGAGCCACUGUUAGUGUUGUUUAACAAGGGACACGGGUUACGCUGCUGGGCCACACACACACACACACACACACACACACACACACACACACACACACACACACACACACACACACACACACACACACACACACACACACACACACACACACACACACACCUUUAUUCUUAGGAUUCUGUAAACCAUAACUAAUGUAAUGUCUGCUGUUGUAGGAUUGGCUAUCGUUUUCCUGUGUUGUCACACUUUUCAUAUGACAGCUUCACACUAGAGUUACACAUGUAACUAGAGUUCUGUGAAUUCUGGAUUACUUCUGUCUAGCUGCUGUUACACUUGCUUCUUUCAACUUAGAGGUAGAGAUCAUCAUGAUCAAAGCAGAGUUCAACGAUCCAUUUACCUUCAUGUGAAAAAGCACAGUUCCCACUAAAACCAUCUUGAGCUUAUAGGAAAGUUGUGGUGAUAGUCCGUAUGACAAACCUAUGUCAGUUGGUAACACACACAAAAAAAAGAUUUGAGGUUUAAUACCCAGCCCUAGUUUCUUUACAUGAUAGGAAUUAUCUUGACUGUUUUUAAAGGGUUAAAGUUACUUUUCUAAGCACAAUAUUUAACAGACAGAAAGAUGAUGCAGUCCAAGUGUCGCACAUUGUCGUGGAUUCUUCAUCAUACAUGAACAGAGGUAAAGUUGUCAAACAAAAGUGCUCUCAGUGCAUGUUCAUCCUCAGCUCGUUUUCCCCUUGCACCCUUUUAAACUGUUUCUUUUAACUUGAAUGAGUGAAAAUGAUUUUUAGCAGUCUGAUCAUUUUAGUUUUAAACACCACUACCCACUCACAACCACUAGGGCUCAGUUCUUAAUGAGGCUGAUGGGGGGACUUGGACACCAUGAAGGAGGAGGAGGGGGGGGGGGAUCUUUGAACCAGACUCCCAUUUUCACACGUCCACAGUCAGUGUUCUCCUGCAGCACAAACACUGUAUAAGAGCUCACUGGGCACCGGACCCUCGUUAGUGGAAAAAGACCCCACAAUGAACUAAAAAAGGAAGAAAAAUGGAACAUGUUAUAUUUGUAACUGGAUAUUUUUAAAGAAAAAUAUCUGACUACAAAUGCAAAUAAAAUGUCAUGAUGUACUGUACAUUGAUGGGGUGUAGCGGUAAUGUGCCCGGGAUGGGAGCUGGGUAAUCAUGUUCUCAGUAAUUAAUCACAGCAGUUUCAUUCAUUCAUUAAGGCCAAAUGCAUUUUCAUUUUACUUUCAAAUCUUUGUUUUAAUUUGCUCUUCAUGCAAACUUAAAACUUUGUUUUUCAGUUACUAUUAAGCUACUCCCUGCAGAUGUUUCAAAUGAAAAGACUACCAGUUUGCUCGAAGGGGCACGAUCAUUUCCAUUCUUGGUAGGCUUUUAAUUUAGCUGUUUUUAGUUUGAAACUCUGCGAUUGUUUGAGACAUCACAGCAUGUGUGAUAAGCUAAAACUGACUGUUACAUAUUGGCAUUAAAAGCCCAUCUCCACUUUGAAACGCUGUCAAUAGACUAAAGACUCAUUUCAAAUUCAGACUUUUCUUUUGAAAUUCUCUCUAACUGAAAUGUUUCCUUUAUGUUAAUACAGUAUUGUACAGGGAUUUUGGUGAAGGCCGAAGGCCCUGUUUAAUUGUUGUUUUUUGUUCACUCCAUUUCAUCAGACAGAUGUUACUUUAUUUUACUUAUUUCCCAAAAGUGUCUCUAUAAUGUUAUUAAGUCAUAAAUGCAUGGAUUAACUCCUUUUACUUUAUAUUUUUGUUUGAUUAAUGUAUUAGUCAUGUCAGUAUUCUGACCACAUUCCUUAUUAAGGCUCUUUGUUGUUUUCAGAAAUGUAACCUACACUAGUUGUCAGUUCCACCGGUGACACAUUGUAACACAGUGAAAAGACGCUGUGCCUCUGAGCCGACUGUACUGCCUUGCUCUGUGAUUAAGCUACGUGUGUAUCGUUUGUCAGCUGUUGGUGUUUACUUCCUGAACCGUUUAAUAUCUUGACUAAUACGAUGUCCACGUUAACGAGGAAUAACAGUCCUGCUUUGAUUACACCUGUUAGUUUGCAUGCGCGGCGACAUGAGGUUUUCAGAGUUAUUUUUGUAGUUUUAUGGAUCGGUCAGUCAGAUUUCACCUCAUUUUAUUCACUAAAGAAUGAACAAAACAAGUUUGGACUGACUUUGUAUAAUAAGGAAGUUUUAUUAAACUCUGAUGAACGGA